GAGUGAUUUUUGACAGGCUGUUUAUUUAUUUUUGUAUAUGUAGUGGGAAUUCAUGUUGUGAAAUAUUUAAAUUUAACUGGAUUAUAGUUACCUAAAUUCAAAAUUAUAAAACCACAAGGGAAAUGUCUUUUUUAACUGAAUAUUUUGACGAGUACCGACCGCAUCCUUUAAUAAAAUCUAAACAAUGCCGUCCAGAGAACAGAUUUGCAGAAUUAGAAGGGAAAUGGCUGAAGCCGACUCUUGGUUCAGACAGGGAGAAGCAACUAUCAGAUGAGGAGAUGAGGGCCUUCAUCCGGGAGACCACGCGGGAGCUGCGCGGCCUCUCUACGUACUAUAAUGACUACUGCGCGCAUCUACCCGAAGAACUGAAAACAAAAGAAUUCGUGCCGAAACCUAAAAAGAAGCGUCCAUGCCCACCAUGUCCCGACGAGUCUACCGAAGCCCCCAGUCCGCCCGCUCAGACCGAAGCCCCACCAGUGAAGCCACUUGCACUGAAAGAUACUCACGUGAUGACGACAGCCGGUGCUAUGUAUGGGAGGGAUGUGAAUGCGCCGACGUUGAAGCCCUUGGACACGCAUUUUAGAAUACUCGGUUACAUGCGACCGAAGCUCCUACAGACGGGUCUAAGCGAGUACACGGAUACCAUUGCUCGCUUGGCAUACGAGUUGGUGCGAGACGACAGAAUACCUCAAAGCCGACCCAGCAAUGGACAGCGGCCGCGAUGGGGCGUCGGCGAACACAGGCAACCCAUGCUGGACAUUGUACCGUAUGAGCAAGAGAGACUGUUCUAGAAGAAAUUGUGUAAAUAAAUGACUUGCAAAGGAAGUUAAAA